CUACAUACUUCAUUUCCAUAUUCUAAAAUAAAACAUCAGUCUCUUUGUUUUACUUAUUUGAAGAUUAGCUGAAAUGACUGCAAUAAUAAACUACGGAUUCCGCAGAAAUGUUCAAACCACCGUCGCCAAAACUGUGAACAACUUUAAAGUCGUCGGCCCAUCCACCACCUCCAGAGGCCACGAAGGUGGCUACAAAAUUUGGAAGAAACUAACAUUUUUGGUGGGCUUCCCGUCUAUUACUUUGUACGGCGCUAACAUAUGGCUGACUCACAAAACCAACGAUCAUGAACAGGCUCCUUUCAUAAAGUACGAUCAUCUGAGAAUUCGCACCAAGCGUUUCCCAUGGGGUGAUGGCAAUAAGUCUCUCUUCCAUAAUCCUCAUACCAACGCUUGACCCGAUUUUUAUAAACUUUAAAAAAUUACCAAAAUAUAAAAUUAAUUUUAUAA